AUGACUUCUCUUGACACCAUCCUUGCGGCCAAAUAUCCCGCCAAAGCACAUGCUCGACGGGUUGCCGACGGUCUCAAGGCUCUUGGUCACAGUGGAGGCGCCAUCUACCUAGAAGCUCAAAAAACCCGCUUAAUCGAAGACAAUGACGAACCGGUGCCCUUCAGACAACGGCGCCCUUUCUUCUAUCUCUCAGGGUGUUUGCUACCGGACUCGUCUCUGAUCUAUAAUAUCGAUUCUGAUCAGUUAACCCUCUUCAUUCCUCCGGUUAACCCAGAUGACGUGAUCUGGUCCGGCCUUCCACUGUCACCUGCGGAGGCACUCGAGCGAUAUGAUGUCGAUAAUGUGUUGGAGAUACCCGAAGUCAACGCAACAUUGGCGACCAUUGCUGCCUCGAAAGGCAAUACGUGUGUUGCUUUUGCGAUUGUGGAGCAGGUAUCUGAAGGUACAAAAUUUGAGGGCUUCUCUGAAACCAACUUCAGCGUACUGAAGGGUGUCAUCGAGGAGACUCGCGUCAUCAAAGACAGUUACGAGGUUGCGCUUCUUAGGAAAGCAAACGAUAUCUCUGCCAAGGCCCAUAUUGCAGCCAUUAAAGCCGCAAAAUCUGCUACCAACGAGCGUGAAAUUGAGGCAGCGUUCAUUGCCGCUUGCAUCGCUAACGGAGCCCGUGAACAAUCAUAUCAUCCGAUCGUUGCCUGUGGUGAGAACGGUGCCACUCUACAUUAUGGAAAGAACGACGAGAAUCUGGUCGACCAGGUUACACACCGGAGAAAGGACAACGUUCUAAUUGAUGCCGGCGGGGAAUACCGUACUUACUGUGCAGAUAUCACCCGUGCGUUUCCCCUGAACGGUAAAUUCCUGCCAGAAACCCGCCAAAUAUACGAGAUUGUUCUACAGAUGCAAUUGAAGUGCAUCGAUAUGCUGAAGGAAGGGGUACAGUGGGAAGACGUUCACGCGUACGCACACCGCAUUGCAAUCAAGGGCUUGCUGAAGCUGGGGAUUUUGCGCGGUUCAGAUGACGAGUUAUUUGAGAAGCGGAUUAGCGUUGCUUUCUUCCCACACGGCCUUGGCCAUUACCUUGGAAUGGAUACGCAUGAUACUGGCGGCAACCCGAACUAUGAGGACAAUGAUACCAUGUUCAGGUAUCUUCGUGUCCGGGGCCAGCUACCGGCUGGAUCUGUUAUCACCGUUGAGCCUGGCAUUUAUUUCUGCCGUUUCAUCAUUGAGCCGUUCCUCAAGAACCCCGAUCUCCAAAAUUAUAUUGACGUGGAUACCCUGCAGCGAUACUGGGCAGUCGGUGGGGUUCGCAUCGAAGAUAAUAUCCACGUUACUAAGAAUGGGCACGACAACCUGACUACAGCACCUAAGGUGAUUGAGGAGAUUGAGGCUCUGGCUGCUUAG